UGUGUGCCAGCCUGUCACAGAGAGAGACCGCCCUGGAGGGCAAGAGGGAUUAAUAUUCAUGCACGCCGCCGGCCACCUCUGGUGAUCGGCGCCUUCUCCCAAACUCCUGGACACCCGCUUUCAUAUCCGGACCGUACCUCGCGCCCGCACAACACAGCCUCGCCACCAUGCGUUUCUCCAGGCUUGUUGUCUUGGCCCUAGCGCCCCUUGGCCUAGCCCAGCGCACCGCCGAGCCGUCAACGACGCCGUCCGUAACGCCACCCACAACGAACUCUAGCACUCCCGCAGCAGCAGCACCAGCGGUGCCCCUUUGUGCUGCAAAAUGUCUAGCCCUAGGCGUCACCAGAUCCUUCUGUGCCACGGUGACACCCGCCGCCGAGCAGAGAAAGUGCACAUGCUCCAACCAGGAGCUGCAGCUCGACGUGGCCACGUGCGUGGCGGCCAACUGCACCGUCAAGGAGUCGAUCCGGUUCCAGGGCGUCUCCAAGGCCAACUGCGGCGUGCCCGCCCGUGACGAGUCCAAGAGGUACUACGUCGUCACCAUCGUCUUCGCCGUCGUCGCCUGGGCGCUGGUGCUCAGCCGGAUCGGCUUCAAGUACUUCGCCCUGGGCGCGCACGAGCUCGGCUGGGAUGACCUCUUCAUCUUCCUGACGGCCGCCAUCACCAUCCCGAGCGCCGUCAUCACCUGCAACGGCACCCUGCCCAACGGCCUGGGCAAGGACAUCUGGAUCGUGCCGGUCGAACACAUCUACAUCUUCCUCGAGUUCUUCUUCGCCAUGACCAUCUUCUACUUUGUGCAGGUCGGCAUGCUCAAGAUGUCGCUGCUCUUCUUCUACCUGCGCAUCUUCCCCGCCAAGCCCGUCAAGCGCAUCCUGUGGGCCACCGUCGCCGUCAACGCCCUGGUCACGGUCCUGUACGUGAUCCUCGACGUCGUCCAGUGCGCCCCCAUCAGCCUGUUCUGGACCAAGUGGGACGGCGAGUCGAACUCCAAAUGCAUCAUGGAGAUCAACGACCUUGUCGUGUCCAACGCCGUCAUCAGCAUCGUCCUCGACCUGUGGAUGUUGGCCGUCCCAACCUGGCAGCUCAGGGGCCUGCAGCUGCACUGGAAGAAGAAGGUUGGCGUUGCCGCCAUGUUUGCCGUGGGCACUCUAUUCACCAUCCUGAGCUGCGUCCGUCUCGAGAUCCUCAUCCGGAUGGGCAAGAACCCCAAGAACCCGACGUACGACCAGCUCGAGAUCUCGACCUGGUCCACCAUCGAGAUCACCGUCGGCAUCAUCUGCGCCUGUAUGCCGACCUUCCGCAUGCUCCUCGUGCGCCUCUUCCCGCGCCUCGGCAACGUCACCUCGCGCGGCUACGCCCGCGGCGGCGGCGGCGGCAGCGGCGGCGGCGGCGCGGGCGGGUACGGCUCCAGCUACGCAAAGGGCAGCCGCAGCCGCAGCACGGGGCCCUCGGUCACCCUCGGCUCGCGCAGCGCCCACGGAGGCUCCGUCGGCGGCGGCGGCGGCGGUGGCCAAAUCCCGCUCAAGGAUUUGAAGACGCCCAGCGCCACCAGCAGCGUCGCCCGCCCCGCGUCGCCAGCCACGCCCAGCUCCAUCCCCGCUGGCGCCAUCCGCAUGCAGACAGAGUACACGGUCACGUCGGCGCCGCACUACGUCACCGCCGGCCAGUCGCCGCUAUCGAGGAACGGGCUCCAGACGCGUGAGGGCGAGCACAUGCGGGACGAGUACGACGACCAGUCCAGGCUGGUCAUCCAGCGGAAUACACCGUCGCCCGAGCUCACGAGGCAUAAGGGGACCAUGAUUUAAUCGUUUUUUUUUUUUUUCGGGAGGACAGAUGCAGUCCGCAGUAGUGUAUAUCCCCGCAAACUAGCAUUGGAGUUUUAGGCAGUAUGGUGUUUCUUUUGUUCUUUUACUGGGAGAUUCUUGGGGGGCAUGUUUUGGCGGAUUUUUGCCUUGUUCUACUAUACCUGAUACCUUCACUUCUGAAUUUCAUUCCGAGUACCCCCAAUCUUUGCCUGGGUAUCUAUCUACCUAUUUAGUCGAUAACGAGCGUCACGGUUUUCUCAUUACCUGCACAGCAUCAAACGAGUAACAUGCAACAUGACUGGGCC